AUUUGGAAGUAUGUCUGCCCUCGAAAAGCGUUUGAAGGAGUUCCAGAAGAAGGCUGGAAACCGCAACUGUUUUGUUUGUAACCAGAAGGGUCCUCAGUAUUUUGUGAUGGAUUUCCUCACUCUGGUGUGCACUGGAUGCAGUGGAGUCCACCGUUCUUUCAGCCACACCAUUAAGCACCUGACCCUCGCUACUUGGACCAAGGAGGAGGUUGACCUGGUAGUUACCGGAGGAAACAAGAAAGCUGCUAAGAAGUACCUGAAGAGCUGGGAUGAGAAUAAGAACCCUCGUCCUCAGCCUAGUGAUAAGGAAGGUGUGAAGCAGUUCAUUCAGGACUGUUUCGUCGACCAGAUCUGGGCUGGAAAGGGUGGAAAGUCCAAGAAGAGCGACUAUGACGAUGACUACGAGGACGACUAUGUUCCUAAGAAGGGAAAGAAGUCCAGCAAAUACGACGAUGACGACGACGACGACUUCGCCCCUCGCAAGCCUGCUAAGAAGGGUGGCCGCUUCGAAGACGACGACGACGACUUUGCUCCUCGCAAGCCUGCUAAGAAGCCGAGCCGCUUUGAGGACGACGACGACGACUUUGCUCCUCGUAAGCCCGCUAAGAAGCCGAGCCGCUUUGAGGACGAUGAUGAUGACUUCGCUCCUCGCAAGCCUGCUAAGAAGGCGAGCCGCUUUGAGGAUGACGAUGAUGAUUUCGCGCCUCGCAAGCCCGCUAAGAACAUGAAGAAGCCCGCGAUGGAUCUGUCCGGCUCGGAGGAUGAGGACUUCGCUCCUCGCAAGCCUGCCAAGAAGCCUCCAAUGAAGCCUGGCCGCCGUGGACUGGAAGUGUCCGAGGAGGAGGACGAUUUCGCGCCUCGCAAGCCCGCUAAGAAGGCUCCAAUGAAGCCUGGAAAGAAGCCUAUGAUGGAUCUCUCCGGCUCGGAAGAUGAGGACGACUUCGCGCCUCGUAAGCCUGCCAAGAAGGCUCCUGCCAAGCCUGCCAAGAAGGCGAGCCGCUUCGAUGAUGAGGACGAGGAGGAGGAGGACUUCGCUCCUCGCAAGCCCGCCAAGAAGGGUCUCGUGAAGCCUGGCAAACCUGCCCGCAAGCCUGUGGAGUUGACCGAGGAAGAGGAGGAGGAGGAGGACUUCGCGCCUCGCAAGCCCGCCAAGAAGGCGCCCGCCAAGCCUGCGAAGAAAGCUCCCGCCGCGCCCGUUGAGCAGUACGAUGAGAGCUAUGGAUAUGAUCAGGGAUACGAUCAGGGCUAUGGAUAUGAUCAGGGCUACGGAUAUGACCAGAGUGGAUAUGACCAAGGAUAUGGAUAUGAUCAGGGAUAUGGCUAUGAUCAAGGCUAUGGAUACGAUCAGAGUGGAUAUGAUCAGGGCUAUGGAUAUGAUCAGGGUGGUUAUGAUCAGGGCUAUGAUCAGGGCUACGGAUACGAUCAGAGCUAUGGCUAUGGAUAUUAA